AUGUCUGUGAUAAGUAACGAUAUCGAAAAUGUCAUCGUUGAAGAAGACAUUAAUAAACAAUAUCCAUCGAAUGUUCAUAUUAUGAAACCGCAUAACCAACUACGAGAACUACAAACACUAUUACGCGACCGAACAACUUGUCGAAGUGAUUUCAAAUUCUAUGCCGACCGCUUAAUACGUUUAACUGUUGAAGUAGCAUUGAAUCACCUCUCUUACGUUCCAUGUGAAAUACAAACGCCCACUGGUCAAAGCUUUCAAGGCUUACGUCAUGAAAGAGGAAUCUUAUGCGUAUCGCUAAUGCGAAGUGGAGAAGCAAUGGAGAAGGGCAUUCGCGAAUGUUGUCGAUCUAUUCGCAUCGGAAAGAUUCUAAUCAACGAAGGCCUUGUCAUAUAUGCAAAAUUGCCUCCCGAUGCACAUGAACGACGUAUUCUCGUGACCUAUCCUGUGAUAACAUCAGGUUCAAUCGUUCUGACUGGUUUGAAACUGUUGGUAACUGAAUAUCAAUGUCAACUGUCAAGUAUUAUUGUUCUUUGCCUAUUCUGUACACCUGAUGGAAUUAGAAAAAUUUGUGAGGCAUAUCCUGAAGUCACAAUCGUCGUUUCUGAAAUCAAUGACGUCGCGCCUAAUCAUUUCGGACAAAAAUAUUUCGAACAAGUAUCGACAAAAGUUCAGAAGGAUAAGAGUGCAAAUAACGGUCAUCAGAAUGAGAAACAAACUAAAGGCAAAAGUCUGCGAGGAGGAAGAGAACACAGUAGUAGUUAUUCUAUCGCGAAUGACAUAACUCAUCGACAGUGUAUAUUAUUAACAAAUGAAUGA